AUGGCAAAUACUCACCAAAAAACCAGCUCUUCAGUGGCAGCCAACUCUUCAGUAAUAACCAACUGUCCAACGAUAUCUGACCUUACAAUACAAAAUUGGCUUGAUACUCUUGAGGAAGCAGACGUGCUAGAGAGAGAAGAAACCUAUUCCUAUUCCGACAUGCCUCCAAACAGCGUACCUGUCGAAUCGGAAAUUGGUAUAUCUUCCCAAGUGACAUGGCUGAAUUCACCGGGGUUUCGACAGCAGACGCUCCGUGAGAAUUCGAUGAAGUUACUGUACGAUGACGAUCCUAUCCCAGAAUGGGUACAAAGUCAUAUCAACAAGAUCAACUCAUACCCAACUUCCAUUUCAGGAUACUACCGCGACGAUAAAUGGACCCUGAAGCCUGAGGAAAACCGAGAGCUAAUAUCUCAUGUGAUGAAAACGGGUUUCCAAGAGCGUAGCCUACCUCCUAUAAUGGCCGAACCCGAAAAUACACUUCACAACCCCCAACCCGAUCUACUCUAUGGAUACAGCAGUUGGGACUCUCUUCCUAAAGUAAAAGGCAAAAACUACAUACAAUUUGCUCCUACAACUUUAAACACCAUCAUAUUUCCAUAUUUGGCUAUGGAAUUCAAAGGCCAUUUAGGCAGCAUAUAUCAGGCAGAGAACCACGCUUUUGUUGAAGGUCGCAUCUGCCUCGACACAACUUGGCCUUGUCUGGGGGAUCAGGAUUUUAUCAUCGUUAUUGCUGCCAGCCCCAAUACAUGUCGCAUAUGGGGUAUGUGGCGGACAGUAGAAAAGGAGACACCCGAUCAUGAGGAAGCCCCAGUAUAUUAUAUGAAAUGUAUCACUAGUUUCGAUCCGCAAUUUUUCGACAUGGCAAAAGAGCUCCGAAACUACAUAUUCCGAAUCCAACGUUGGGCCCGGGAGGAUAGAUUUCCUCGCAUUGUGAAAGGCAUCGAGGAAUGGGAAGCUAAAGGCCGACCUCCACACCGGUUUACUCCCGUAGGGCGUUGA